AUGACGUCAUUGAUAGCAAUUGAUCUCGCAAAAAACCAUCUUGAAGGUCCCAUUCCAGUUGAGUUAUGUAACUUGAAAUUCCUUUCAUUUUUUGAUCUAUCCCAUAACAAUUUGUCUGGCUCUAUACCCUCUUGCUCCAACUGGUCUGAGAUCAAACAUGCUCAUUUGAAUAAAAAUAGGCUAACCAGUCCCAUUACCAGUGCAUUCAAGGGUUACUCUUCUUUAGUCACUCUAAAUCUUAGAUAUAACUACCUUACUGGCAACAUUCCAAAUUGGAUCGGCAACCUUUCAAGUUUGAGCAUUCUCCUCUUGAAAGCAAAUUAUUUGCAAGGGAAAAUUCCAAUUCAAAUAUGUCUUUUAGAACAACUAAGUUUGUUGGAUCUUUCCAACAAUAGUUUUUCUGGUCAAAUACCUCAUUGCUUGAGUAACAUUACAUUUGCGCCAUCCGACAGAAAAUCUAAAACAAGUCUUCCCGGUUCCAAGGUCAUGGGUUUUGACAUGUGGGCAUUCUUGCGAUCUGCAUUGAUAAUGAGCGCAAAGAAAUUGCCUACUUUCGAGGAUGAAUAUUAUAUGUUUACAUUGGUGGAAGUACUACAAGAAGUGGAGUUCUCAACAAAAAAUAGAAUUCUCACCUACCGAGGUGGCAUUCUCGAUUACAUGUCUGGGAUUGACCUCUCAUGCAACAAAUUAGAAGGAGAAAUCCCACCCGAGCUUGGAGACUUGAGUAACAUCCAUGCAUUGAACCUAUCGUUCAACAAUCUAACCGGAUCAAUUCCCACCCAAUUCUCAAAUCUUCAGCAAAUUGAGAGUUUGGAUCUAUCCCAUAAUAACUUUGAUGGUACUAUUCCCCCUCAAUUGAUAGAGUUGAACUCUUUGGCCGUCUUCAAAGUUGCACACAAAAACGUUUGGGGAACAACACCAGAAAGAAAAGCUCAGUUCGGUACCUUUGAUGAAAACAGUUACGAGGGAAAUCCUCUCCUGUGUGGACCUCCCCUACAUAAGGCUUGCACUAAAGCUCAAUCACCAUCUAACAUUCCAACUGAUGACAAAGGAGAUGAAGCUUGUGGUUUUAUGGACUUCGAAGUUUUCUACGUUAGCUUUGUAGUGUCUUACAUGACAAUGUUGUUGGGAAUUGUUGCUUUUCUCUAUAUAAAUCUGCACCGGCGACAGGCGUGGUUUAACUUCAUUGAAUUGUGCAUCUCCACUUGCUACUAUUUUGUUGUGAUAACACUCGUAAGCUAUCUAGCUUUACCAUUGUGUAGCUUUGUGUUUUGA